UCCCAGCAGGUGGUGGUGAGGAUGCACCAUGCGUGUAGGGUUCGAGGCCUGGAGACUCAACUGAUGUGGGCCAUCUCCAAGGAGACAAACAGACUUAGUCCAGAGGGCAUCCCCUACUGUGCCACCAAGGUGCAGUCCAUCUCUUGGAUCCAGUAUGUGGCUGGCAGGGUGACCCAGUAUGCGUCUCACCUCCGCCACGAGACGUCUGUGGCCGUGACGCUUGGCUGCUACCAGCAAACUGAUGUCUCGGUGGCGUACGCAACUCUCCACAUGGGGCUGGAUGGGCUGCUCUCCUUCUCGGCGUGGUCGGAGGCUGCCUCCGUCUCUACGCCCACCACUCAGCAGUUCACUGAGCCAGAGCCUGAGGCCCACAACUGCUAUGAGGGCUGGGAGGAGGACCUGCUGCCUGAGGAGAGGGAGGUUCCUCUGCUAAACCUCUACCUUACCACCAAGAGAGUGGAGGACAUCGGCCUGAGGCUCAUCUCCCUGCGCCAGGCCUUUACUACCCUGCUCGGUUCCACCCUGAGCAGGAACCAUCUGUUUGUGGCGGGAAAGGUCCUACUGGGCGCACUGGUUCAGGUCCACCAGAUGGAUGAGGCCGAAUUCAUCCGUGCCUAUAACGACUUUGUGAACAACCUGAGUGACCCCUCCAAGCAGAUUGACAUUGAGAGGGAGCUGGCUGAGGCAAAGAUCCAUCAUGUUAACCUGAUAGACGUCCUUUUUGAGCUGGUGCUGUUUGGGGUGAUGACAGCUCAGAAAUCCCUGAUGGUGCAACCUGGUGGGUUCAUGGAGCGUCUGUACGCUCUCCUGUACUCCUUCCUGCCCACUGUUGCCAGCAUUGAGCCAAAGGCUGAGAGAUACCUGUUGCUGCUCAAUGGCGGGCUGAUGGCUCUGCUAGAUGACAUGUUUGGGCAGCAGCUGGCCUGGUACUUUAACCGAGAGUCUCUGGUCACUGAGCUCUCCAGCCUCCUGGAGUACCACCUGGAGUACCUCAUGGCCAGCAUGUAGUCCUACUGCAGAGACCUGA